CUCAAAUUGGUGGUGCACUUUGUUCUAUAAGAUACGUUUGGUACACAAAUUCUCAGUCUCUGAUUGCUACUUUAGUUUGUUUCAUACAGGCUAGACGCUGAUCUGGAAGUAUCGGACAACAGCUCUAUUAAAAAAAGGUGCUCAUAAUGGCUUCCUUGACUUUCAUUGGCACAACUCAGGUCCUCAUGUCAACCCAAUAACAGACUCCAUAAGCAAUCAAAAGCCAAGAACCAAGACUAGAUACUGAAAGCCCUCUUAUACCCUGCAGCAGUGACGAAAUUGAACACACCUGACUGAGUUCACACCUGUUCUUAGAGUAGGUGUCUCUGAUGGCUGGCCAGGUCUUGGAGAUUCUGGAGGACCUGACAAAAGAAGAAUUUUUAAAGUUGAAGUUGUAUCUGAAUGAAGAGGUGCUGGAAGGAUGUGGACCCAUCCCACAGGGUCGACUGGAGGACCAAGGUGUGACAGGUGUCGUCAUCUUGAUGAAGAGUUCCUAUCAUAACAAGAUGGUGCAGGUCACACUGGAGAUCUUAAAGAAAAUUUCGAGAAAUGACCUCGUUGAGAGACUGGAAAGUGGUAAGAUGCAUCCAUCUCAGGAUCCAGCUGCAGCUGGUGAUUACAGCCCUGAGAGGAAGCCUGUGUCUGAGACCCAGCAGGGAGGGGCACAGCAGUCCCUGACUGUUGAUGUACCCCUGAGCUCCAAUCACCAGGAUCUGGACACAGAAAAAAACCAAUGUGCUCAACGUGUCCAGAAGAACCUGAAGUUGAUUCUGAAGCAGAAGUAUGAGUGCAUAUAUGAAGGGGUUGCUAAGCCAGGAAAACAUGCCCUCCUCAAGAGCAUUUACACAGAGCUCUGCAUCACAGAGGGGGACUGUGAACGGGUCAAUAAUGAACACGAGGUGUGGCAGAUUGAAACAGCAACCAGGACACAGCCUACACAAGACACUGCAAUUAAAUGCAACGACAUCUUUAGACCCUUAGCUGGACAAGGCAGACCCAUCAAAACUGUAAUGACCAAGGGCAUCGCUGGUAUUGGAAAAACGGUCUCUGUGCAGAAGUUCAUUCUUGACUGGGCAGAAGGAAAAGCUAAUGAGGAUAUUGAUUUCAUGUUUGUCCUUCCUUUUUUGGAGCUGAACUUACUUCAUGAGCAGCACAGUCUCCUUGAGCUUCUGCACGUCGUUCACCCUGGAACGAAAGAGUUUGAAAACAUUGAGCCUGAAAAUUACAAGGUUUUGUUCAUCUUUGAUGGUCUGGAUGAAAGCAAACAUCCCUUGAAUUUCAGACACAAUACGAUCCUGUCUGAUGCAAGGAAGACAUCCCCAGUGGAUGUGCUACUGACAAACCUCAUUAAGAGGUCUCUACUUCCCUCUGCUCUCCUCUGGAUCACCUCCCGACCAGCAGCAGCCAAUCAGAUCCCUCCAAAAUGCAUCCACCGACUGACAGAGGUCAGAGGGUUCAAUGAUGCACAGAAAGAAGAGUAUUUCAGGAAAAGAUUCACAGAUCAGAGUCAGGCUGGUAGAAUUAUCUCUCACAUAAAGAAAUCCAGGAGUCUACACAUCAUGUGCCAUAUACCAGCCUUCUGCUGGAUGUCUGCCACUGUUCUGGAGCGACCUUUGGAAACUGAGAGGGGAGAAAUCCCUGAAUCACUGACUGCAAUGUACUCACACUUCCUUUUAAUUCAGGCUGAAAUCAAGCAUCACAAAUAUCAAUACCAUGAGACAGACCCACAGACACCUCUGGUGUCAGUUAAAGAAAUCUUUCUCAAACUGGGGCAGCUGGCUUUUCAAUGCAUAGAAAAGCACAAACCAAUAUUUCAUGAAGAGGACCUGAGAGGAUGUGGCAUUGAUGUCAAAGAAGCUUCAGUCUACUCUGGGCUGUUCACAGAGAUCUUGAAAGAGGAGUCUGUGCUGCAUCAGAAGAAAGUCUACUGCUUUGUGCAUCUGAGCCUCCAGGAGUACAUGGCUGCUUUGUAUGCGAUUCAUUCCUUCAUCAGCAAGAACUUCAGGGCAUUGAAGCCUUUUUUUGGUCAAAAGACUUUAGCAACUCUCCAUGAUUUGCACAAGAAAGCUAUUAAGAAGGCUUUGGAGAGUAAGAAUGGACACCUGGACCUCUUCCUCCGAUUCCUUCUGGGCCUCUCACUGGACUCCAAUCAGCGCCUUCUCCCAGGUCUACUGCCAGAGACUGGAAGCAACUCUGAGAGCAUCCAGAAAACAGUUCAGCACAUCAAGGUCUUUAAAGAGAAAGAUCCCUCUCCAGAAAGGUGCCUCAAUCUGAUUCACUGUCUGUCUGAACUCAACGAUGAUUCAAUUAUGAAGGAAACCCAUGAGUACUUGAGCUCAGGAAGUCCGUUGGGUGAAAGGAUCUCACCUAUGCACUGUUCUGCCCUGGCUCACCUGCUCCUUGUGUCUGGGAAGGAGCUGGAAGAGUUUGACCAUAAACGGUACAACACCUCAGAGGAGGGGCGAAGGCGACUGGUCCCAGCUGUGAAGUGCUGCAAGAAGGCUGUACUCAGUGGCUGUAAUCUCACAGAGAAAUCUCUUCAGCUCGUGGGCUCCGCCCUGCAGUCAGUCUCCUCCCCCCUCAGAGAGCUGGACCUCAGCAACAACAACCUGCGAGAUUCAGGAGUGGAGCUGCUCUGUGCUGGACUGAAGAGCACAAACUGUAAACUACAGACUUUGAGGCUCAGGGAGUGUAAUCUCACAGAGGGCUGCUGUGAUGUUCUGGCCUCAGUCCUGCGUUCUCCUCACUCAGAGCUGAGAGAUCUGGAGCUCAGAGACAACAAGCUGCAGGAUUCAGGAGUGAGAGCGCUCUCUGCUGGACUGGAGGACCCACACUGUAAACUGCAGAGACUGGGACUCAGGGGCUGUAAUCUCACAGAGAAAUCUCUUCAGCUUGUGGACUCCGCCCUGCAGUCAGUCUCCUCCCCCCUCAGAGAGCUGGAUCUCAGCAACAACAACCUGCGGGAUUCAGGAGUGGAGCUGCUCUGUGCUGGACUGAAGAGCACAAACUGUAAACUACAGACUUUGAGGCUCAGGGAGUGUAAUCUCACAGAGGGCUGCUGUCAUGUUCUGGCCUCAGUCCUGCGUUCUCCUCACUCAGAGCUGAGUGAUCUGGAGCUCAGAGACAACAAGCUGCAGGACUCAGGAGUGAGAGCGCUCUCUGCUGGACUGGAGGACCCACACUGUAAACUGCAGAGACUGGGGCUGUCAGGCUGUGGAGUCACAGAGAGAGGCUGUGAUUCUCUGGCUUCAGCUCUGCGUUCAAACGCCUCACACCUGAGAGAGCUGGACCUGAGCUACAAUCACCCUGGACACUCAGGAGUGAGAGCGCUGUCUGCUGCUAAACUGGACACACUCACACUGCUUGUAGACCAUGGAGGAGAGAGCAGGCUGAAACCAGGACUGAGGAAAAGUCUCUCUGCCCUGAAUCCUGUGAAAUGGAGACAGCACAUCCACUGACGAGCAUUGGAAGGACAGGGACGUAAUUUCAACAAGGGAAAAGAUUCUCAGUCUUUUACAUGCUGUAGGGGAAAAUUCACAGAACAAAAGAUAUCCCUCCUAAAAGCAUGAUAAACAAUCACAAGUCAAAAUCAGACUCCACCUUGAUGAGCAGGCUGGUUCCUCCAAAACUCUCGACGAUGUGUGCUAAAAGUGUAUUAAUAUAUCCAUAUUAAAGUAUGAUAUGUACCCUGUAUAGUUUCAAACUGAUUAACUGCUAAAUUGUGCUAGAAUUACACAGUGAACCCAUAUGUAACCGGAGUUGAAUAAAGCAGCCAGCUGGGGGGGGGGCUUAUGAGCUGAGCUUAUGAAAACGCAAGAAACCAGUGAAAACUGUUGAAAUAAGAGCAAAGAAUGGAAAGAAUGCAACAUACAUUUUAAUCAAUAUUAAUCAAAUGUUUAGUAUGUCUGUAUAUUUUCAAUGAUUUACUGCUGAUAAGUUUGUGUUAGAAGUGCAUAAGUGACCCAUGUGUUAAAGUUGAGUAAAAUAAUUAAUAUGAAGUGGAAAGUGUAGGGCGGCCUGUAGCGUAGUGGUUAAGGUACAUGACUGGGACAUGCAAGGUCGGUGGUUCUAAUCCUGGUGGAGCCACAAUAAGAUCCACACAGCCGUUGGGCCCUUGAGCAAGGCCCUUAACCCUGCAUUGCUCCAGGGGAGGAUUGUCUCCUGCUUAGUCUAAUCAACUGUAUGUUGCUCUGGAUAAGAGCGUCUGCGAAAUGCCAAUAAUGUAAUGUAAUGUUGACUUGCCUACUUGAUCCAAUCCCAGGGUUUGAUUUGCACUUUAUUGUACGUGGCUCUGGGUAAGAGAGUCUGCCAGAUGACUGUAAUAUAAUGUAGAGGAAAGAGUAGGAGGGUACUACUUGAACCAUUCACCCUACACACAUUGCUCCUGUGUCCAACACCCACAAGAGACACAUUGUAUGAGUUAGGAAGACGCUUAUGAAAAUAAAAUCUACAGAUUAGAGGUAAAAACAACAGAGCAUAAUCCUAUAAAUCCCCUGGACACCAUCCCCUCCCAUGGUCAGCAUAUCCCCGUUAUGUACUCCUCAAAGAAGUGAGGAAACCAGUCAAAACAUUGGGCAAUCUUCAAUUUAAUUUAUUUUUGUAUAGCACUUUUCACAGAAGACAGUAGCUACUAUUUACAGAGUAACAGAAGGGAAUUAAACAUAUCAGGCCAAAACCCCCAAUAGCAUAUGAGGUAAACGACUCCCUUUGGGAACAGAAACCCUCAAACAAUAGCAAUGUUCCACAUAAUUAAGCUGAAAGCCUAAAAUAUUUUUACAUAAACAUCGAUUUAUGUGAAAUUGGCCGCCGCGACUUUAACUAAUUACGAUAGAACAGGUUUUUUGUACUACUAAAUGUCAGAGUUCCAAAUCAAACCAAAUACUUCUACUGCUAUUCUGUUUUUUCCUCAUUAUGUUUAGACAUCCAAUCCCGUGUCUGUAAACAGGUAAAAAUUUGUAAAACACAGACGAUUGGCCAUAUGCCUAUAUUUCUAUCUAAUUGGUAGCAGAAAUACGAAAGCUUACCUUAUCACCUAGCAACUGCUGCACGGGCUGUCAGUCUGGCGCGUGCAUUCACUUCAACGACUCCACCAUCGGAAAGUUCAGCUAGCUACUAGCCUAGAGGUAAUCGCCUAAUACUUCUGAUUUUUAUUUUUUUUAUUUUGUCGGUUUUAUAAAAUGCAUAGGUGCCUUAAUACCCUCAGGAGAGGGGAAGAACCUAUGUUUUUUAUUUUUGUUUGAGCCUUUUUAUGAAUAAACGCACCCUUGAGUGCUUAAAACUGCAA